AUGCGAGAACCAAGCUUACAUUCAGGUGGUCGCGCGUUCCGCAGCCAUAUCCGUACCUUCAAUAGCGGUUUCGCUUUUACAUCGCUUGGGGUACAUAUGGAUGCAUGGGCGUAUAAGCCUGGAGGUCCAAAUGUGUUCAAAAUCAACGGCCAGGUUCAUCAUCGGAUAGGGUCUCUCCUCCCACGUCCUGGUGAUGCUCCGCAAUUCCUCCAGCUGUAUCUCCAUGGCAACUCCCCAGCCCAGCAGACAGCUCUCCGCCCCACCCUCAACGCCGAAGUCUGUCGUAUCCUCUCAGAGGUUAUGAUUUCCCACAAUCCCUACGUCCACCUCUUUACCCACAAUCGCAACCGCCUCCGAACUGGGGCAGUUGAUUUAAACAUCCUCACGUUCGAGCCUUUCGCCUCUGACACCCGCCGGUAUAAUCGCCCGCGGGUCGACGAGGUCGCCGCUAUCGUCAACACGGGCGACCCACUCACCUCAAACGUCCGUGAUAUCUUGGUGCGAGCGACAGACGGUCCCCUCUCCAACAUUUCCGAAUUUUCCAGCACCUACCUCCCCCUCCAAUAUCCCUUAAUCCUCCCAUAUGGCACGCAUGGUUGGUCGAAGGGGCUCAAGCUUGGAAGGUAUCAGGGAUACCUCAACGAGGUGAACAAUGAUUCUGGAAUCUUUCCCAUGGGCUGCGCCCCAUAUAAACGGUUAGUCUCUGCUAUUUUUCGAAGUUGA